AUGGCGUCCGCAAAGGUCUACACCCUCGAGCAGGUCAACCAGCACAACAAGGAGGGCGACCUCUGGCUCGUCGUCAACAACGACGUGUACGACCUGAGCUCGUUCGCCGACAUGCACCCAGGCGGCGCAGGCGUCCUCCUCGCCGCCGACAUCGCCGGCCAGGACGCCUCGACCGCCUUCUUCUCGCUGCACCGCUCCGAGGUCCUCGCCAAGUACACCCGCCUCAAGAUCGGCCGCCUCGACACGACCGCACCCGCACCCUACCCGAUCCUCGCCGCCGGCGAGCUCAGCCCCGUCCCGCACGCCGAGCCCGACUGGCUCAACCCCAAGUUCCGCUCGCCCUACUACGGCGAGUCGCACCGCGCCCUGCAGCGCUCGAUGCGCAAGUUCUUCGACGACGAGGUCAAGGCCGAGGCGCGCGCGGGCGAGCUCAGCGGCGACCGCCCGACCGCCGACCUCGUCCAGAAGAUGGGCCAGCCCGAGUGGGACCUGCACGCCAUGCGCAUGGGCCCGGGCAAGCACCUCGCGGGCAAGACGCUCCCUGGAGGUGUCAAGGGCGAGGACUUUGACUAUUUCCACGAGCUCGUCGUCAUCCAGGAGCUCGUCCGAGUCGGUGCGCCCGGGUGGCAGGCGGGUUGUCAAGCGGGCAUGGUCAUCGGCCUGCCGCCGGUCCUUAACUUUGGUGACGAGUCCAUGAAGAAGCGCGUCCUGCCCGACAUCUUUGCCGGCAAGAAGUUCAUCUCGCUCGCGAUCUCGGAGCCGCAGGCCGGCUCGGACGUCCAGGGCAUCACGACGACGGCCAAGCUGUCGGAGGACGGCAAGCACUGGAUCGUCAGUGGCAUGAAGAAGUGGAUCACCAACGGCUACUUUUCCGACUACUUCAUGACGGCGGUGCGCACUGGGCCCAAGUCGCUCACGAUGAUGCUCAUCGAGCGCGACGACUCGGUCGAGACGCGCAAGAUCCGCACCUCGUACUCGUCGGCGGCCGGCACGGCCUACGUCUUCUUCGAAUCGACCAAGGUCCCCGUCGAGAACGUGCUCGGCGGCGAGGGCAACGGUCUCAAGGUCAUCCUGUCGAACUUCAACCACGAGCGGUGGGUCAUCUGCUGCCGCAUCGCGAGGUACUCGCGCUUGAUGUUCGAGGAGACGUGGAAGUGGGCGCACUUGCGCAAGUCGCAGGGCAAGCGCCUCAUCGACCAGCCGGUCGUCCGCAACAAGCUCGCCAAGAUGAUCUACAAGUGCGACAUGGGCCAGACCUGGCUCGAGAACAUCACGUACCAGAUGACCCACAUGUCGUACGCCGACCAGUCUGCGCUCCUCGCCGGCCCAAUGGCGCUCCUCAAGACGUUCCUGUCGCGCUCGGCGGGCGAGAUCUCGGACGACUGCGUCCAGAUCUGGGGCGGGCGCGGCAUCACGCAGGGCGGCAUGGGCGCCCUCAUCGAGCAGUUCCAGAGGACCUACAAGUUCGACUCGAUCCUCGGCGGGUCCGAGGAGGUGCUUGCCGACUUGGGCGUCCGGCAGGCGAUGAAGCGCAUGCCCCAGGCCGUGCUCUGAGCCACUCGUUCCCUUCUCUCUCGAGGUCUCUUGAGCCCGUGUGUGUAGAGUAUUCAGGAUCGCAACUCGCAGCAGUACUCUCAGC